AUGGAUCGGUCAGAAAUACAAGGCGCGUCUGUUGCCAAGGGCUUCAAGCGAAGUACGGCAUCGACUACACAGAGACGUUCGCCCGUGGUCAAGUACGUGACACUGCGUGUGAUCGCGAUCACCAAGAGUAACAACUGGCCACUGGAUAAGCUCGAUGUGGUGACCUUUCUCUACGGAGUGAUGAAGUAG